AUGACGAGCAUUGACGACCUCUUCAAAAGCGCAAAUGGCUCCGCAAAGCGCAAGUUCGAGAAUCCAAACGAAGCCGACCCAACCCAAUCCUAUAAAUCCGCAAAACUCGACGUAAAUGGUGACGCCAAAGGCGCAGUCCAAGCCUCAGUAGCCGAUGAAGACGACGAAGACGAAGCGGGGCCCUCGUUACCACCCGAUUUUGAAGAAGGACCUGGCGACGAUGACGAAGGACGGUUCUUUGGCGAUGGCCUGGAUGAGAAUGCGCGGGAUGCUAUGGAAUACAUUGAUGCGCAAGACGGCGACGAGGCGAUAGGGGAGGAAAAGUAUGACGUGCCAUGGGUGCGCAAGCUGGCGCUCAACUUUGAAAAGAAGGUCAACAAGAACGCAUCGCUGCGCGCAAAGUACGAGGACGACCCAACAAAGUUCAUGGAGUCUGAAGGCGAUCUGGACGAGGGAAUAAAGGCGCUCAGCAUACUUUCAGAGCAUCCGGAGCUAUACGAGGAGUUUGCGAAAAGCACCGCGGCGUCCAAGCUGGUGGAACUAUUGGCGCAUGAGAACACCGACAUUGCAAUCGCAGCGAUUGAGAUGAUAUCCGAGCUCACAGACGAAGACGUUGGAGGAGAGCAAGAACAAUGGGAUGCGCUCGUUACCGCAUUCAUGGACGCCGAUCUAUUCAGUCUACUCAUAUCGAACUUCUCCCGCUUCGACGAGAGCGAUGAGGCCGACGCAUCAGGCGUCUACAACUCCCUCAGCGUCAUUGAGAACCUACUAUCACAACCUACAUACACCGACAUAAUAGGGCGGGAAACUGCUCUACUGAAAUGGCUACUAGACAGGAUACAAAAGCCCGAGAAACCAACCACCCAGAACAAACAAUACGCCUCCGAAAUCCUCUCCAUCCUCACCCAAUCCUCGCGACCGAACCGAAACCACGUAGCCGACGCAAACGGUGUCGAGAUCUUCCUCACAAACCUUGCGCCGUACCGAAGAGACGACCCAGAAAAGGAUAGCAAUGAAGAGGAAUACAUGGAGAACCUAUUCAACUGUCUAUCCUCCAUAACAGAAGAACCCCUAGGAAAAGCCAAGUUUCUAGAAGCAGAGGGUGUGGAGCUCUGUCUCCUCUUUGUCCGAGACGGCAAGACGAGCAAGAGCCGUGCCUUGAAGGUAUUAGACCACGCCUGCGGCUACGCAGAAGAAAGCACUGCACCACAAACAAACGGCACUUCAAAAGGCAAGGAACCAGUACAAGAAAGCACACUUAACAGCGCAACAGCCGUCUGCACUAAACUCAUCGACUCGCGCGGUCUCAAACCCCUCUUCAGCACAUUCUCCAAAACAAACAACACGAAAAAAUCUCACAACGAUCCCCAACAAACCGAACACAUCCUCGGUAUCUUCGCCUCUCUCCUGCGCUCUCUACCCGGUAAUUCAGACACCCGUUUCCGCCUCCUCGCCAAAUUCCUCGAAAAGGACUACGAAAAGAUUACAAAACUAGUCUCCCUACGCAGAGACUACGUCACCCGUCUCUCCGCCUUUGACCAACGGUUAGCCGAGAAGCGAAAAGCACUCAGCAAAGACGAGCUGGAGAGCUUCGAGCUAGAGAAUAUUCCUGAGCGGCUGAGCGAGGGCUUGUAUUGUCUGGAGAGGAUCGAUGCCGUGUUGGCUUGGUUGGUGGCUGAGGAUGCGGGUGCCAAAGUGGCGAUUGAGAAGGCGUUGGGGGAGCGGGAUGAAGGGCUGGGGGAUGUCAAGAGGACGUUACAGGCGCAGCUUGAUGGCGUUUUGGCUGUUGAACCGGCUGAGAAGGACAUGUUGGAGACGCUGGUGGGGUUCUUGUAA